UUACAGAAGCAAUUGUUUAUAAUAUAUGAUUCAAUCUUUCCAAAAUGGGCUUGAAAGAAAAUUUCGAUGUUUACGUCGGUUGUACAUCUGGAGUUUUUAAAGGUAUAAAAGUAGAUAAAAAAGGAUGUGAGAUUAAAAACAUACAAAAUUUGGUGUCAAUAACGGAUCAUGAUAAGGUUACCUCAAUGUCUUGGGGUGACGAUGAAGAAAAAGAAAUUUUACUUGCCUGUGGUGUAAAAGGCGUUAGGAGUGUUAAAGUUUAUGAUGUAGAUUGUUCAAUAUUUACAUGCUCCUUCUUUUGCAAUAUUGGAACAGGAAGAAUUAAUGGUAUAUCGCGAUACGAUGAAGCAAUUUUAACGGCUGUUCAUUCAGGAGAAGUAAAACUGUGGAGAUUUAAGGAAGAAGAUCAAAUUCUAAUAAAAGCAGGUGAAAAUUUGAAUAAAAUGCGCCAUUCAAAAGUAAAUAAAAAUAUUAUAGCCACUGGAGGUGAAGAACAUAUGCUAAAAUUAUUUGACUUAAACAGACAAGUGCAGACAUUUAUAGAAAAAAAUGUACCUCAUGACUGGUUAGAAUUAAAGGUUCCUGUCUGGAUUUCGGAUAUAGAGUUUCUUCCUGGCACAGAACAGAUUGUUACAACUAGUAGAUAUGGCCAUGUGCGUUUGUAUGAUCCAAAAGUACAGCGAAGACCUGUACUAAGUGUAGAACUGGAAAAUGAACCAUUAACAACUUUGAGUGUUGUGCCCAGAGAAAAGCAAAUCAUAGUGGGUUCUGGUAAAGGCAAAAUGAACCUUAUAGAUCUGAGGAAAUCAUCAAAAGUAUUAAAUACAUAUAAAGGUUUCCUUGGUGGUGUGACUGGAAUAUCUUGUAGUACCAGUGAACCUUAUGUUGUUAGUGUUAGUCUAGAUAGACAUUUACGAGUACAUCACAUUGAUACAAAAGAGUUAUUAAAACAGGUUUAUUUAACGUCAAAAAUGUCGUGUAUGUUAUUACGUUCAGGAUUUUCAUUCACAACAGCUAACGAGAUCAAUGAAGAAAGUACACAAGGACGCGAUAACAAAAUUGGCAAGAAUGCAGAAAUAGAAAAACAAAAUGAACACAGGAAUUCAGACAGUGAUUUGGAAUAUGAUACAUUAUUUAAAAGUAUGCCAGUAGUUGGUAAUAAAAAGGAUGAAACAUUAAUUAAAAGGAAAAAAAUAAAGAGGGAUUCGUUAUUAGAUAAUGAAAUUGUAUCUCACAAAUCCACAUUGAGAAAAAGCGAAAAACCAGAAAAAAGUUCAAAAAAAGUGAAGAAAUCAAACUUGACCGACAUAGUGUAA